AGGCGUGAAAUCCCACGGAUGUACAACGGGACAUAGACUUAGUCACGCAGCAUCCACCAUCCACACACGAAUGAUCUGGUCGACAUAAUCAUAGGUAUCCUCAGAGCCAUGAGAAGCAUUGACAAGCGAUUUGUGUGCGAAAAGGAGGAAACAAUUUACAAUGGCUAGAAAAGCGUUUGACUCCGGGUAACUGACCUCGCGUCGAUCAAAGAAAAAGCCAACAAGAAACCACUAAGAGCUCUGACGUUACGUGUUUCUUGCUAGCUCUACAACAGGCUGGCAUCUGGCUAAGGCAAAAACCAAAUAGAACAGAAACCAAUCAAGUUCAAUGCUGAUUCCAGCCACCACUGACACUCAUGAGUCUGCUUCUAAAAGAGAGCCACCACAAGCAUCUCGCAGCUCAACUGAAACUGCCGUUGAUUGCCGAGGUGACAGAGCAGACUCAGAGAUCUGCACUUCCACGAUAUUCUAGAUGGCGGCAGCCGUACGAUAUCACCUUGUAGAGGACGCUGCCUUCGACGGACCAAAGCCAGAGUCGGCGGCGGAUCGGCGCGCCGCGGCCUUGGCGAUGGCUUUGGACGCAGAGGCGGCCGCGCCGCCGGCGGGCGCUGAUACGACGCGUCGGUGCAGAGACGGAAGGGCGCGGCGGCCGACGGCUGGUGAUGAACUCCCUGGCGACGUGACGUCGGAAGCGGUAAAGUACCGAUCAGUGCGCGCUGCCGACUGGACGAGUCAGUUCCAGUGUACGGCGGAACGGUGUGGUAACCCGUAACAGGGCUCCGUGAGUCACAGUGUUAUUUUCCGCGGCGCGUUUGUGAGUUGCCAACCCGGCCGGUCCGUCAGUGCGUGGGUAGGUGAGACGCUCUCCCAGCCGCCGACACACGGUCAGAAUGGAGACCGUGGCGCGGCAGCAGACCGCAGCCGCCGGCCGCCUGUACCGGGUGCUGGCCGAAGACGACGGCGACAACGUGUUCGUCUCCCCGUUCAGCAUCUUCACAGCGCUGACUAUGGUGGCGGCAGGUGCUGACGGAGCCACGGCCUCUCAGCUGAGCGCAGCCCUGGCGCUGCCGCAGGACGCGGACUCGCUGCACGAGGGGUACAACAAGGUCCUGGAGAUGCUGCAGAGCCCGCCGAACGUCACGCUCUCCACGGCCAACAAGGUGUACGUGCAGCAGUCCUACAAGGUGCUGGACAGUUACACUGGCCUGCUGCAGAAGCAGUACCUGAGCAAGCUGACGAGCGUGGAUUUCGCCGAUAACAUUGGGGCAAGCAAACUUAUCAACGGUGAAGUGGAGACCGAAACAAGGGGGAAAAUCAAGGAUCUGAUCAAAGCCAGUGAUCUGGAUGAGUAUGUUCGCCUGGUGCUGGUGAACGCCAUCUAUUUCAAGGGCUCCUGGAAGCAGAAGUUUGACGCGAGCGAAACACAGGAGCGGGACUUCUUCGUGACGCCAGGAAACCCAGUCAAAACACCGAUGAUGCAUAUGAAGGGAAGCAAGUUCAACUGCGGCCACAUCCCCGAGCUGAGCUGCAAGGCACUGGAGAUGCCGUACGAAGGCGAUAGGUUCAGCAUGAUCGUGCUGCUGCCCGACCAGCAGGACGGCCUGAAGGAACUGGAGGAAAAACUGCCUUCAACGUGCGUCAGAGACAUCCGCGGCACUCUCUGCAACCAGAAAGCAGUCAUACGGGUACCGAAAUUCAAACUGGAAACUUCCUACGACCUGAUCAAACCGCUACAGAAACUUGGCAUUAAGGACCUCGUCGACAGGAACGCCGACCUGUCCAAGAUCUCGGGCAACAAGGAGCUGUACGUGUCGAAGGUCAUUCACAAGGCGUUUAUUGAGGUGAACGAGGAGGGUGCAGAAGCGGCCGCCGCCACCGCCGUCGCCGUCCGGAUGAAGCGCUGUAUGCCGAUGAUGGACGCCGGGCCGUUCGAGUUCACUGCCGACCACCCCUUCCACUUUGUCAUCUUCGACAGGGAGACGGGUCUCACGCUCUUCUCAGGCCGCUACGCCAAACCUGUCUAGACCGACGGAAGCGGACGGGUCGGCCGUAGAGCUCGGCUCCAUAUCGUCCGCACACAAGAGCAUUUCCGCGAGAACGCACAGCGUGGCAGGGCUGGAGGCCAUCGGUACCAACACAUAUACACGUAAUUGUUGGUGUGUGCCAUGUUGAUUCAUAUAAAAGUGUUAACGUAUCUGAUUCAGUCAGGACAUAUUUAUUAUGCCUAGAUAAGCAGACUACACCCAGUAUCACAAUAGAACUGGUGUUUAUUUCUUAUUUUGGCAUUCAACAUGGUAAAUUGCACGUAUUUCAUCAGCGUUAACGUCUCAGGUAAAAUAAAGGGAUAAGACUCCGCAAGAAUAGGAAUGUUCAACGCAGUGCUUAUGGAGGAACCGGUGAUAAAAAUAUAGACGCGAGAUAAAAGUCCCCAGGAAAGAUAAUGUGAAGCCAAUUCGUGGGAAAACAGUGUGAGGGAUAACCUUGGAGUGAACUAACUCGCUUCAGUUGCACCAGCCUGUGAGAAACUGCGCUGUUGAGCGGCACCUGCUCUGGUCUGCGAGUCAGAAAUUUUCGCGGUUUUGAAUAAUGUGCAUGAUGUCAGAGUAGGUACGUGAAUGACCAGGGAACCUUGUAUGCAUGCGGAAGCCGAAAAAACUACUGCAGCUUCUGCGUAAACGAUAAGUAGAAUAAGUUUACGAUCAUGUCGAGG